AUGAAGGGUGUGAAACCAGGCAGAGUGAGUAACAUGGUCUUCAUCUCAACAAAGCCCAAAUCAAGACAGUACACAGCUGCUGAUGGUGUAAGGAGCAAGCGCUACAAAGCAGUGCGGGGGGACUUGCCAGACCCAGAUGUCCUGAAGGUCGACGAGGCAUACCAGGACUUCACGGCAGACCUUGCUCCGCUAAUUACAACACUCUCUAUAAGUAGUGAUGUCCCCCUCGUCGAUUCAGCCUUUGGGACCGUUCAAGAAGGCAGCCCCAUUUCAUACCAGCACCCAGUGCCAGUGAGUAGGAUAAUCAUCCACCACCCAGACGCACCCCCUCCACCACCCCUGCUGUUAGAUGGUCACAGGCUGGACCCAACCACAUGUUCCUUUGUGUGCACUCACCAACAACACCUAAAUGUGAUGUCGCUUAACAUCACUUUCGACAUGGCAAGAUCCAUCGAGAUGGCCACGAGGGAACAGAGUGGCAGCGCAGGGUGGCACAGCCUGAGGAAGAUGAGGCUCACCUCCUCCAGGUUCCGGGAGGUGUGCCAUGUCCGAGGUCACAGCUCUGCAGAGAACCUUGCAGAACGCAUCUGCAAAGAUGGGGGUUCAGACAGCCUUGAUGAAGAGGGGGCUGGCACUGGAGACAGAUUUGUCAUCCAUCCAGAUGCUGCCUGGCUCGGAUCCUCUCCAGAUGGUGUCGUUUUUGAGCCGACGGAGGCACCACCAUUCGGGCUGGUGGAGGUGAAGUGCCCUAACUUGAAGAGCUAUGUGGACUGCGGGUACCUGCACACGAAGAGUGGCGCCUUGUGCCUGAAGCCGCGCCACAGCUACUAUUGGCAGGUGCAAGGCCAGCAGAGGAGGACCUUCUUGUACAAAUAA